UGCAAUUUGCACUUUCUCCUCGCAUUUUCACACACUCACAUACCCACUCCCUCUCUCUCCCUCUCUCCAAAUCUCUCUCUCUCUCUCUCUCCAAAACCCUUUUUUCCCUUGAGCUUCUCUCUCUAAAAGACACAAGAUAAAGGGAGAGGUCACUUUAUUUCAUGAAAGUUUUGGCAUUCUUCAUAUACAUAUAGAUCGAUGGAGGGUAAAAGGAGUGUAAAGAUGGAGGAUCCGAACCCGUCUUCAUUAUUUUCGGAUCGUUACCUGGUGAGUGGUAAUUAUUCACUCACGGGUUUGGAGGAUUUCACAAUUGAUGGUGAAAAUGGGUCAUUAGGGUUCAUGGAGUUGCUAGGGGUUCAGGAUUAUGGCCCUUCAGUUCUUGAUAUGUUACAAGUAAUCCCAAAUCAGAAUCAGACUAGUACAGUUGAUCAAGAAUCAUCAGAGGUAUUGAAUACACCUGCAACACCGAAUUUUUCCUCUAUUUCUUCAGAAUCUAGUGGUGGUGGUGGACAAAAUGAUGAACAAGCUAAAGAAGUUGUAGACGAAGAAGAUGAUGAAGAAGAAGAAGAACAGAAGCAGAAGAUAAAGAAACAGUUGAAACCCAAUAAAACGAGUCAGAAGAGGCAGAGAGAGCCAAGAUUUGCUUUCAUGACAAAGAGCGAAGUUGAUCAUCUGGAAGAUGGCUACAGAUGGAGAAAGUACGGCCAAAAAGCUGUAAAAAACAGUCCUUUCCCUAGGAGCUACUAUAGGUGCACUAAUGCUUCAUGUAGUGUGAAGAAAAGAAUAGAGCGGUCUUUGAAUGAUCCAACCAUAGUUAUGACUACAUAUGAAGGCCAACACACUCAUCCAAGCCCGCUGAUGUCUCGAGCAAACACUGCUGCUGCACUGAUACCGUGCUCGGGAUUCUCCACCGGCGCAUCCACUGCCACCUUUAUGCCGUCGCCGCUGCAAAUGAGUUUAUCAUCCGUUGGAGCUGAUCAAGUCUAUUGCAACUAUUCUACACCAUUGAAUUUUGGUUUUAUGGGUUCUACGAAUAUUAACUGUGCUGCAAUUGCGAAUCAGAAGCGCUUUUGCACUCCACCUUCUGCUUUGAUAACAGAUUAUGGGCUUCUUCAAGAUAUUGUGCCCUCCACUGUGAGAAAGGAAGAGUGAAAUAAUCACUUUUUUUUCCUGACUUGACUUAUUACUAGACAUUGUAGAUGAAAUGAAGCAUCCAUUAUUGGAAUCUGAUUCUCUUAAUCGCUGUCUCUUGUUUUACCCUUUUUUGUCCAAAAGAAAGCAGUAUCGUAUAUACAUAAUUACAAACCCUAAUAUGACA